AUGCUGAAGGAGCUCCAGUUCUUCCUGUCGGCCAUCCUGCUGCUUGCCUGUGUCUUCUUCUACCAGCUCAGCCUGAAGUCCAGCUGUCUCUUCUCUUGCCUUCCUCCCCAAAAGGCCCAGCAAGACCCGGAAGCCCUCCUGGGCCAUGGGCAUGGCAUUGUGUUCAUAGAGACCUCAGAGAGAAUGGAGCCAACGCCUCUGGUCUCUUGUGCUGUGGAAUCUGCUGCCAAGACUUACCCAGAGAAGCCCGUGGUGUUCUUCAUGAAGGGUCUCAACACCACCACACGGCUGCCCUCAAACUCCACUUACCCAGCCUUUUCCCUCCUCUCAGCCAUAGACAAUGUUUUCCUCUUCCCUUUGGAUAUGAAAAGGCUGUUUGAAGACACACCAUUGCGUUCAUGGUACACUCACAUCAACGCCAGUGUGGAGAGCAACUGGCUCCACGUCAGCUCAGAUGCGUCCCGCCUGGCCAUCAUCUGGAAAUAUGGCGGCAUCUACAUGGACACCGAUGUCAUCUCCAUCCGGCCCAUCCCUGAGGAGAACUUUCUGGCUGCACAGUCUUCUCAGUACUCUAGUAAUGGGGUGUUUGGAUUCCUGCCCCACCACCCCUUCCUGUGGGAGUGCAUGGAAAACUUUGUAGAACACUACAAUUCAGACAUUUGGGGCAACCAGGGUCCCAGUUUGAUGACAAGGAUGUUGAGACUGUGGUGCAAACUUAGAGACUUCCAGGAGGUGAGUGAUUUCAGGUGUUUGAACCUGUCCUUCCUACACCCUCAGAGAUUUUACCCCAUCUCCUAUCCAGAGUGGAGGCGCUACUAUGAAGUCUGGGACAAAGACCUGAGCUUCAAUGACUCCUAUGCCCUGCAUCUGUGGAACUACAUGAACAACGAAGGAAGGACUGUGGUUAGAGGGAGCAACACGCUGGUGGAAAAUCUCUGCCGUAAGCACUGUCCCAGGACUUACAGGGACCUGAUUCAAAGCCCAGAGGGGUCAGUGACUGGGGAGGUGGGUCCAGGUAACAAAUAG